AUGGGUGGCACGCGACACGAAAGCGGGGGGCAAGCCCCCCCCACGGGUGCCCCCACCGCCCAGGGCCCCCCCGGCCCCCCGGAGGGCGUCACCCCCGCCCCCGACGUGGCCGAGACGGGGCGGCUCUUUGUGAGGAACCUGCCCUACACCUGCAGCCAGCUCCACGUGGAGCAGCUCUUCAGCAAACACGGGCCCCUGUCGGAGGUUCGUUUUCCCCUGGACACGAUGUCCGGCCGCCCCAAGGGCUUCGCGUUUGUUGGGUUUGCGCAGAGCGAGGACGCCGUGCGUGCCCUCGCGCUGCUCGACGGCUCCAUCUUCCAGGGUCGCAUGCUGCACGUGCUGCCUGCGCUGGCGAGGAAGGAGGAGGAGGAGGAGGUGGGCCCCACCUCGUCUACCUCCUCGUACAAACGCGACAAGGAGAAGCGCGACAAAGCGAGCUCCCACAACUGGAACGCGCUGUUCCUGGGCAUCAACGCAGUGGCGGACGCCAUGGCCACCGCUUACGGCACCAGCAAGAGGCGCGUGCUGGACCACGAGACGGAGGGCAGCGCGGCGGUGCGGCUGGCGCUGGGGGAGGCGGAGAUCGUCACGGAGACGCGGCGCUUCCUCGAGGAGGCCGGAGUCCAGCUCAACACGUUCGGCCAGUCGGGGCAGGCGGUGCGGCGGCCACGGCGAGUUGGGACUCGUCACCGAGCGCCGCCCGGGCUCCACGCGAAAGGGCGCUCGCCGUACCGAGGGGAGGCUCCCUCCCGGCUGCGGGGCUCGCGCGUCGGCCGCUCGUGA